AUGGCCCCGCGAUCAACACCAAUGCCGACUCCUGCGUUUCGGCCGCGUAGCAGCUCUGGCACAAAUCUGGUCUCCCGGAAGCCCGAAUACGAUAAGCGCAAGUCGCGCGAUGAUCUCUACCUGAUGACCAUGACUUCCCAGAAACAAAGUUUCAAGCCCUUUCACGUCCCGAUCCGAAGCACCUCCCCCACCCACGACUCUGGCUCUCUCUCCAACAGAAACCCCCCAGCUGGCCCUGGAGUUUCAUCCAACUCAACUUCAAGUCAUCCAGUUCACCCAGGAGGUCAAGAUCCUGUCGCCAUCGGUAUGGCCCUGGGAAGUCCAGCUCACCCUCACGCUGGGCACUCGCUAUCGCCCAUGAAUGCCAGAAGACCAUCACAGCCUGGAUAUAAGCAGUCACCACUAGGACACAGCAAGUCGCCCCUCAGUCACCUCCAGUCGCCUUUGGGAUCUACGAGAUCGUCGCCAACGCCCCGACUCGAAAAUGGCCAGACCCCAGCACUGACAUCGUCGUCCCUCUCAGCGUGGACUCCGGGCUCAACUCCAGCUUCGGCGCAAGCACCAAUAAUCGAAGUUCAGGAACACAUGGACGACCCUUCCAAGGCCAAAGGGAAAAAAUGGGGUAUUUUCCGAUCAAAAUCCAAGAGAGGGAACAACUAUCCACAUCCUCUGAACCACGCCGCCACUGCUCCCGUCGGCACAGGGCCCUUCGAUGCUAUGAAGCCUGGAGCUUCGUUCCCCGGAGGUGGCGUUGGCCGAAGCGACUCGAGCGCAAACCAGGCAAACGCCACUGCCGAAUCGAGGGCCGCCGCAGGGCAGGGCACCGGAUACGCAAGCUAUGCGGCAGCAUUAUAUGCAGAGGCUCGGGAUGGCUCCUCCAAACCAUUCUGCAUCUUCGGGGGGCCGUCUGCUCGACGUUGA